AUGAUGGAACAAAAUACAGAAUUGAUUUCCCCAACAGUGAUUAUAGCCCUGGGUUGCGUUGCUCUUUUCUUAUGCCUUCAACUAAAGAAUUUGCGUAGACCUCCGUGCAUCAAGGGAUGGAUUCCUUGGAUUGGAGCUGGACUGGAGCUUGGGAAAGCCCCUCUAGAAUUUAUAGAGAAAGCACGAAUCAAGUAUGGACCAAUAUUUACUGUCUUUGCUAUGGGAAACCGAAUGACAUUUGUUACUGAAGAAGAGGGAAUUAACGUAUUUCUAAAAUCCAAAGAAGUAAAUUUUGAGCUAGCAGUACAAACUCCUGUCUAUCGUACAGCAUCAAUUCCAAAGAAUAUCUUUUUAACACUGAAUGAAAAGCUAUAUAUUAUGAUGAAAGGGAAAAUGGGGACCUUCAACAUACAUCAGUUUACUGGGCAACUGACUGAAGAGUUACAUGAACAAUUGGAAAAUUUAGGCACUCAGGGGACAAUGGAACUGACCAACUUUGUAAGGCAUCUCCUUUAUCCUGUCACAGUGAAUAUACUCUUUAAUAAAGGUUUGUUUCUUACACACGAGAGGAAUAUGAAGGAGUUUUACCAGCAUUUUCAAGCUUAUGAUGAGGGUUUUGAGUAUGGGUCCCAGAUGCCAGAAUGGCUCCUGAGAAACUGGUCAAAAUCCAAAAGGUGGCUCCUAGCCCUAUUUGAGAAAAGUAUUCCAGAUAUAAAAGCAUAUAGAUCUGCAAAAGAUAAUUCUGUGACAUUAAUGCAGGCUGUGCUGGAGAUUCUGGAGAUGGAAACAAAUAAACUAAAUCCAAAUUAUGUGUUGCUAAUGCUUUGGGCUUCUCUGUCAAAUACUGUUCCUGUUGCGUUUUGGACGCUUGCAUUUGUCCUUUCUCAUCCUGAUGUCCACAAGACCAUUAUGGAAGGCAUAUCUACUGUGUUUGGCACAGCAAGUAAAGACAAGAUUAAAGUGACUGAGAAAGAAUUGAAGAAGCUCCUUCUCAUUAAAUGGUGCAUUUUGGAAACCAUUCGGUUAAGAGCCCCUGGUAUUAUUACUAGAAAAGUAAUGAAGCCAAUUAAAAUUUUGAAUUUUACUAUUCCUUCUGGUGACCUAUUGAUGUUGUCUCCAUUUUGGCUACACAGAAACCCAAAGUAUUUUCCUGAACCUGAACUGUUCAAACCUGAACGCUGGAAAAAGGCAAAUUUAGAGAAGCAUGCUUUCUUGGACUGCUUCAUGGCAUUUGGAGGCGGGAAGUUCCAGUGUCCUGGAAGGUGGUUUGCUCUGUUAGAGAUUCAAAUAUGUAUUAUUUUAAUACUUUAUAAAUAUGACUGUACUCUUCUGGACCCAUUACCAAAACAGAGUUAUCUCCAUUUGGUGGGUGUCCCCCAGCCAGAUGAUCAAUGCCGAAUAGAAUAUAAACAAAGAAUAUGA